AUGUGGAGCAGUGGCAUCUCAGGCACGAUCGCCGCCGUCUCGGGGAUGCUGGGGAAGCUUUCGUCGGACGACAAUGCUUCCGUGAUCCAAACCAUUCAGGCAUAUUGCCACGAGCAUCAACAUGCAGCGUAUCCAUGGCUGGACUGCGCAUGGGCCAUGCGUGUCGUGCAUGUGGCGUUCUUUGCGGCCAUGCUAUUGUCGAAUGCUGUCAUGCUAAGCUUCUUUGUGCGUGGACUCCAUGAGACCGAUUCCUUGACGGCUACAAUCACAAGCUCUGCUGCCAAUUUCGUCGUGACGGCGUUGGUAGGGUACCUUGUUUUUCAUGAGCAGUUGCCGCUACAAUGGUGGGUCGGCGCCAGUGUCAUUCUGUUUGGCAUGGGGUUGUUGCUGCAUGGUGCCAAGGACGACAUUACUACGGAUGAUUCGAAAGCUAAAAAGUCAGCGUAACGAGAUAUAUGAUUGUGAAGCAAUUCUGG